UGAGAGGAGAAUAUAGCUUAGUGCUUUAGAAAAGACAAAAAAAAAAAACUCCUGUUGGUAAUCCCCGGUUUAUGCGGAAGUCUUGAGUUGGCUGGGGACUGUCCUGACGUGACAAGUCUGCGAGUAUGGAGUUCCCAUGCAGCGAAUACGAGGAGACAACGCCACGCAGCUAUGGCGACUGUGUCUCGCGCGUACUCGGUCGAGCGUCAGAGUUGGUAAUAGCGCUGAUGGUGACGCUUUUGGUUGUUGCGAUUGUGCUCGGUUCUGGCGUAGGUAGGGCUUUCGGGUGGCGCGCUGUGAGCAACUGGCCCGGGGAUGACAGCUGUUGGAGUGCUGGCAAGCGGUCGGGGAACAGCAUUAGUGCUUUGCAUGGGAGUAGUUUCCACUACGCUAAUCAGACUGGUUCCGUUUCUCUUGAGCAGAUGACGCACAACUCAAGGUCCCUCGAAGUUAGCGAUGAUGCCAUAGUACUGCCAACCAUCCUGAAUACUGACGUGAUAGUGAACAGGAGGAAGGUGCUCACGUCGACACUGAAUCCGGUGUUUCCCUCCUCGAACAGGAGUUUAUUGCUUAGCUGCAUGGACAUCCUCUCAAACCUUGUGCUCGCGUCCAAUGGCUCUGUCUUGUAUCACCUUCUCGACCAGCGGUGCUACUUAAACGGGCCUCAAAUACCAUCUCAUUUGCUGCUCUCCGUACGAACGGCUCAGCGGAAGUCAGGCGGCGCAGGGAGGUGGGAAGGUUUUCAAAACGACUUGCUUGUCAGUUACUGGUGGGUUUCUAACGAUACCGAUGGGAUGAGACCCUCCUCGCCAAUCAUCUUGAAACAGGACACGCGGAUGGAGCCGAUGGCGUAUAUCAACGGCAUGGACGUGUCCGAUCAAGGGACGACUUCGACUUUGGCGUUCAAUCCUCUUGCCGGGGAUUUCACCGUUGGGAUGGGGUUCGAUCCGACGAAGACGAAGGCCUACGUUGUGGAUGUCAUCGCGCCACCGCGUCUGAUGUCUGAGGAGGUUGCCACUCUGCUGGGGAAUGGUGCCAGCAGUGCAGGUGACCAGUUGUUCAAGCGAGAGGCCACCUUCUCUCCCGUAAGGGGGUUGAACCUCUCCAGAUUGCUCGUACGCCCGCAAGGGCUUACCGCGGAUUGCAGCUGCCUGUACAUAGUAGAUCAGAGGGAGAGCAAUCUCUGGACCUUCGAUCUGCCUAUGAGGAACAUAUCUCUGGCUGCUGACAGGAAAAGACUCGGUUUUGCGGAGGAGGAGAAGGAAAAUUUGAAAGAGAUUGCUGUUACCCAGGAUGGGUGCAAUGCUUUCGUUAGUGACGGUGGCGGCUACUUGCGAUGGAUUCGAUUCAAAGCACAGUGCGGCGAAGCGCAAACGGUGGAUGCCGUGGCGAGAUAUAGCGCAGGCGGGUUCUGGGGGUUGGCGGCGAUCCAUGAGGAUGACAAUCGGCUCAGCCUGCUCGUUGGAACGAAUGACGGACACCAUUCCAAGAGACGUCGAAACUUGACUGUAGCUGUCUAUCUGCCCGUGGCCGUUGUGGCGGUGUCGGCCAUCUUCGCGGGCCUCAUGGUGGCUCUCUUCUACUACGGGAGGCGCGGAAGUCGAGAGCAGGGGGGAAGUCAGAAGCGGCGGGAAAGCGCGCUUCGACGACGGUGCCAACCUGCUCCUCCCUGUUCGUCCUUGCCCUCCCUCGACGGCAGUGCGCUGCCCGAGGGAGCAUCAACCGGCCAUGACCGCGUCCAGGAGGUUCAGCCGUUUAAUGCGACGGUGUUCUCGCUGCAAACCUUGGCGUACGUCACUAGCAAUUUCAGCGCCGAUUAUCGGAUGGGAGACAAGGGUGCUUUUGGCAAUGUCUACUGGGGUGCUAUUGGGGACAGGGAGGUGGCUAUCAAGGUGAUGAGGGGGGACGUGACACCGGAGAAGCGAAAGCAAUUCGUCGUCGAAGUGAGCACGUUGAGCAGGCUCCAUCACUCCAAUCUAAUCGACCUGGUAGGUUACUGUGAGGAAGGGAAUACGUGCAUCCUUGUAUACCCCUACUUCCCGGGCGGCAGUCUCUCCGGUCGCUUGCACAACAGAGAUGCCACUCCUCGGAGAGCGGCUGGCACCCAGGGCUACAUGGCACCGGAGUACCUGAUGAGAGGCAAGCUGACGGUCAAGAAUGACGUGUAUUCUUUUGGCGUUCUUCUGCUGGAGUUGCUGACGAGGAGGAAGGUGGUCACGCCGGCGCCGCCUCCAGGGCAAGGAUGGCAGACACUCGUAGACUGGGUGAGACCGUCGCUAAGAGGAGGUCAUCUGCAUGUUGACAGCAUACCGAUCCAGAUUCUCGACACGUGUCUAAGGGAGCAGGUGAGGAGCGAUGCUGCAAUGAGAAGAAUGGUGGCCGGUGCACUCUUGCUGGCGCGGGACUGCGUCGAAGAGUCGGAUAGCUCCAGGCCAACGAUGAGCGCCGCCGCAGAGAGGCUGGGUGCUUUCCUGUCGGACGCGAACGUGAGGCGCAGGGCGUAUAGUUAAGGAUACUGGCCGCGGGAAGAGACCAAUUGCCGCAAGGCGAUGGAAUCCUUUUGCUGCAUCCUCGCCUUGUUGAGACGGGUUCAACCAAGGGCAGGCUAUUCCCAGUGAUCCCCUUUCACGACGAGCUUGAGUGUGCGCAGCGAUGGAGUUCUUCACUAUGAGCAUCUUCAACGGCGUUGAAUAAGUCGUGUCCGUCUCGUUGUGGACUUCUACAACGUCUCAUUUAUUUGACAUAUUGAUUGUACAAAUGAGCAGUUCAUACGGUGACUCAAACGGGCAAGUACGGUGGGAAAGCCCAGGGGAUCGGAAGUGACGGCGAGUCCCCAGGAGGAUCAGCUUGUCUCCUGCCUUCUCUGCGCUCGCCAAUGGGCAGUGGCAGUGGAAGAGUUGUCGGGACACUGCAGUGUCUUCCACCUAUUGUCUUCCCUCGAACACAACGCACCCUCAUUUUGGCUGUAUCUGGCCGGAAAUAUAGCUUGUGUAUACAUUCAUUUUUAGGGUGCGUUAUGUUCGGGGGAAGACGGUAGUGACGCAACGCACCCUAACCAUGAAACUAAUUAAGCUGUGUGGGGUCUCUGUCUGAUGCAUUCGUGAUGAAGGUAAGGGGGAACACGAUGCGUAGGAUCUCGUGACUGCAGUUGUAUGUAUUUGGGUCUCGCCGCAGGGCACACGAAACGAAAACGAAACGAGUGCAUCUGCCUACGAAAGGUGGCUAAAUACACUCCUUACUAUUUAUAGCAAACCGAUGAACCUGGCCAUUCUCUGCAGGAAGAUGCAGUCGUUUCGUUUUCGUUUCAUGUGCCGUGCGGCGAGACCCUUUAUCAAAUGUGCUUGCAAGUGCGGAAAGGGCGCUCUUUUUCUUGUAGAAAAAAGUCGCGUAUAAAUUAGGGGUAACGUCAGUAGAGUCACAAAAAGGAGUGAUAAUUGGAGUAUGGGGCAAGGCAAGAUACAGUAUGCAAUUGCACUUCGGGCACCCUACCUGGCCAGAAAGCUGGGUUGUAUACAUGGCCCAAACUGCAAUUCGAAACUGAAUCUUGGCCCAUAGAGCAACAUAGUAACUCAUUUUCGCGACUCCCACAUAGUUUCCGCUUAAAUGGGGUAACUUUAGUAGAGUCACAAAAAGGAGUAAUAUAGGGCUUUUUGCCUUUCGAUUUGGUUAAUGUGGGGUUUAUGUCCUCGAGAACAGUUGUUCGCGCACGCCUUCAGGUGGAUGGAUUCCAAGCGGAUUAUCGCCGAAGACAUCGGCGCGGAGAGGGAGUCUACAAUCUGUCGAUGGUUUGGGCGGGCCAAGGCGUUUGUCCUCGAGAGUCGGGCCUACAAGUCGGAAACUGGCCCCAUCUAUCCCGACCCUUGUGUCCCGACGUUGCUCGCCUUUUUGACGGCCGGUCUAAAAGUAGACAAGGGAAGGAGGGAUUGGACAAAGGGACAAAGGAAGGCGGCAGGCCGUUUCGUCACAGGGUUACUCAAGCUUAUGUAUCUAUGAGUAAAUUUGCAGAUUAUCU